ACAAAAACAAUGCGAGCACAACUUUCUAGUUAUCGAUUGUUCGCUUUGCAAGUGCCAAAAUGAUCGCCAUCGAUUGUAUAAUUAAGCUCGUCGCGUAGUGUAUGAUUUCAGUCUGUGAAACCGAAGAAACAAACAAAAAAUUUGCUCGAUUCCCGAUUGUGACUACUGCUCACAAAUCACAAACACAAUUGCCCGUGUGCAUGUGUGUUUACGCUGUUCACAUUGUCGAAAGAACAACAACAAUGGGCGAAAAAAGAGCUUCAGUCAGCGAUUUUUUUUUUUGUUAACGAGCGGACACACUAAUACCAUCGCAUGCUGAGCGCGGAGCUCUUUAAAACAGAAACUGAAAAAUUACAGUAGCCGAACAGCACUCAGAACAACAACACCCAGCUGGGAAUUGUGUGACAAGAGGCGAGCGCGAAUUAAAGUAAAUCGCAAAUAUAAAAAGCAUCGUGUAAAUCUGUGAAAAAGUGAAUCCUAAAUCGGGAUUCUUUGUUCCAGUCGUCAAAGCAGUUGGAGGAAGUUGUGGAAAGCCUGCUUCUUGCAAGUCCACUGAGAACUGGGAAAAACAAAAGAAGAACUCAAGGCUAAACAAAUCGAGGAAAUCCAAAUUUUAAGAUAUUCGCUGGACGGAUAUAACUUAUCGGGCGAGUCAAUAUGGCGGCGCCUAUCGCAACGUUAGCUGCUUUUGUUGUUGGCUUUACAUUGGUUACAUUUGUGAUUUGUGGAACGGGAACGGGAGCGGGAUGGAUGCAACCACGCACUCCCCAACUGGAAGUGGACGCUAUGCGCACCGAGUAUAUUGCCCUGGAACGUGCCCUGUGGGAUUAUCUGGCCAAAACGGCCAAUAGCCAGAACAAUAAGGAAACGCAGAUAAGGAAGGUAUACGAAUCGCAUCGAGACUUUGAUGCGAAGCCGCUAAUGAGUCGCACUUUCGAGGGGAAUCGCUACGAGAUCCUCAAUCACUACGAAUGGUCACUGCUAGAGCGGGACCUGAUCUAUAUCAGCAAGCUGUAUGAUGCGUACAAGGAUUCCAUGUUCAAACAAAACAACGUCGACCAACUGGAUGAACUAGCUGUUCUGAAUCUCGCCCGGGAACUCUUACGAAAUGAUAAUACAGCCUCUAUGCCAAGAAUCCUGCAGGAAAUUGAAAGAGUGAUGGUUCAACAGACCCUUUACUACCGAGCCAUGAUAGUGUCCAACAAUCAGAUAUGCAGCACAAUGCAAUCGCCGCAACAGUUUGUGUAUUCGCUAUAUGCGGAUAUCGCCCUCACCGAAUUGAAAGCCUACACGAUGAUGGAAUUCUCGUGGAUGAUGCUGCGCGUUUACGGAAAGGGAAACUACACUCAGGAAGCGGAACUGAUGCGAUCGGACUACGAGAAGCGCACGGAACGCACACUAAAACUGCUCAAGGAUGUAAUGCUCCGAGCCGAUCGCAUAGUUUAUCGCUGCGAUCCACCGAAACAUAUACGGGGUGUCACCUACGACGAGGUCACGCGACUCCUUCAGGGCUAUAUCGAGAACGAGGUCGAUUUGAAUAACGAGGAAACCUGCCGCGAGACGUGCGCCUUCUACCAGUCCACCCGCAGCGAGGGCUGUUUCAAGGAGCUCUACUGCGCCCGCCAACCGAGGUGUUCCGGCCGGUUGUACAACUGCCAGUUUGUCGACUCCGACAUGUGGGUCUGUCCUUCGCCGCAGAACAGCACCAGGCGCUAUGAGUUCAUCGAGUACGAGAACGGACGGGUUCUUGGCCAGCGAGGCAAGUGCGUUAGGGGCACCACCAAGGUGGACAGCUGGUGGCGUUACCUCCUUUGGCACUGCAGCUACUGCUUCUGCCUGUGCGACGAGCAGGGCCUUAAGUCGGACCGAUUCUUCAACCUGCGAGACACCAUUGCCGAUGUGAAGCGCAACAGAGUCGUGACUGGCCUGCGUUUUGUCAAGCAAAAUCGUAUUUUCCACCUGCAAAUCCAGGAGGGCGAGCUACUGCCACGAGGCGCCGUCAACCAGAGCACUCUGGAGUGGAAGCCCGUGGAGAAGUACAACUUCUUCGAUCGCGAUGUGAAAAAAGGCGUCGACUAUCACAUGCUGAGCUACGAAAGCCGCUCCAUAGAUCUGGACGAUGUGAACACGGAUGACAAUAGCUUUGUGAUCACCGGCGUGAGGUUCCGCGUUGUGGGAGCGCACUUGAAUCUGGAGGCCUACUACAGCGAGUUUGACUUUAAGACGGGCCAGCUUAUUCAGCCGGAGGUGAACAGCUAUUGGAAAUCCAACGAUAACACCGAUGUCAGCGGUUCACGCAGAGAAAAGCUGCGUGUGGAAAACGCCGACGUGUCCACGCGGACCAUCGCCCACUCGAUACCUCUGUCGCGCCACAAUCAAUACAUUGACUUUACCAACACGGGACUGGACAAGGAUGCUGCCCAGAGCACUGUGCCCUUCAUUGACAUCCAGGACGUAAUCUCGAAUCCACCUGUGCCGCUAUCCGGCAUUGGAAUCUACUACAAGGGACGCCAAGGCUAUGGCGGCUUUUUGGGACCCAAAGUCAUCACCUACGACUUCACGCCCCACGUUCAGGUGCCAAAGAACAAAUUCUAGAGGCGAAGGGAGUGGAGAGGCGGUGCUGUUCCAUCCCGCACAUAUGUCAUAGCUUUCUUAGUUGUACACUACCUAUCAAUACACAAUUUCAAUUACUGUCGCUUAGCAUAAGUGAGGAGGUCGCUCCGCUCGAAGGAGAACGAAGCGCGCAAGGACGUAGAAUUGGGCAAGACAAGAAUAUAACUCAAAUUAUAUUGGAAUUUAGCCAUACGAAAAAAACAAAAACAAUAAAGAGAAUCUGAAUCUGAGAAAACCGGGAAA